CUUUCGGCUCCCUCCAUCCCUCCUUCCCUUCGUUCUUAUCCUCGUUCUCGCCCCCUUCCCUCCGCAAAAAAUUUCCACCUUUUCUCUCUCCUUCCUUCCUUCCUUCCUUAAAGAGAUAUAGAGAGAGAGAGAGAGAGAGUUAUGUCGGAUUAUGGCAACUGCUUCGCCAUCUAGGAUUUCCAUACCAUGUUCGUUUCACACGCACUUAUAAAACAAAAGUCCCUCCCGGAAAAACCCACACUUUUAAUACCAUCUUCUCCUUCUCCUUCUCCAUCUCCUUCUCCUCUCCUUUCUAGGUUUCUCUCACGUGGGCGGUUCAGCAGCCGCCGUUCUUGAACCUUGGUACGGCCCUUCUUGAUCCCCCCGUGCCUCGUUUUCUUCUUCUUGUUCCGUGGAGGUUAUGAUAUCGAGAUCUUGCUUGGACCUGCUGAGCCUGCUGUCCCUGGACGACUUCCGCGUCGUGAGCCGGAUUCCUAGAGUCAUGACGGCCGCGGGCGUGAUCUCCGACCUGUCGCCGAGGUCGGACUCCGACGACGCCGCGUCCUCGGCCGCGCCGGAGCGGCGGAUCGUCGUCGCCAACGAGCUCCCCGUGCGGGCCCACCAGGACAAGCAGUCCGGGAGGUGGCGGUUCGAGUUGGACCGGGACAAGCCGGUGGUGCAGCUCAAGGACGGGCUGCGGCCCGACGUGGAGGUCGUGUACGUCGGGUCCCUGAAGGCGGACAUUGACGCCGCCGAUCAGGAGGAGGUGGCGCAGGAGCUGUACGAGAGGUUCCGGUGCGUGCCCACGUUCUUGCCUACCGACACGCAGAACAAGUUCUACCAUGGUUUUUGCAAGCACUAUCUCUGGCCUCUGUUUCACUACAUGCUGCCCAUGUCGCUGAGCCAAGGCGCUCGGUUCAACCGCCAGCAGUGGCAGGCUUACCUGUCCGCCAACAAGGUCUUCGCCGACAAGAUCAUGGAGGUGAUCAACCCGGAAGAGGAUUAUGUCUGGAUACACGACUAUCACCUCAUGGUGCUGCCUACUUUUCUGAGGAAGAAGUUCCCUAGGAUGAAGGUUGGGUUUUUCUUGCACAGCCCCUUCCCGUCUUCGGAGAUUUACAGGACGAUCCCGGUGCGCGACGAGAUCUUGAAGGCCUUGCUGAACUGCGAUUUGAUCGGCUUCCACACGUUCGAUUACGCGCGGCAUUUCUUGACGUGCUGUAGUAGGAUGCUGGGGCUCGACUACGAGUCGAAGAGAGGGUACAUUGGGUUGGACUACUACGGUAGAACCGUGAAUAUCAAGAUUUCGCCGGUCGGGAUUCAUAUGGGUCAGCUUCAAUCUGAUCUGUCCAUGGAAUCAACGGCUAAGAAGGCUAAGGAAUUGAAGGAGCAAUAUGAGGGGAAAAUUGUCAUGGUGGGCGUGGACGAUUUGGACAUUUUCAAAGGUAUCAGCUUGAAAUUCUUGGCGAUGGGGCGACUCCUGGAGUCACAACCUGAGCUGAGGGGCAAGGUGGUUUUGGUUCAGAUCGCCAAUCCGGCCAGGAGUAGCGGAAAAGAUGUGCAGCAGGUUCAGAUCGAGUCCGAUUACGUCGCCGACGAGAUCAACAGAAAGUACGGCGGACCCGGGUACGAGCCGAUCGUUUACAUCAAAGGGCCGGUCACGACGCAAGAGAAGUUCGCGUAUUACUCGAUCGCCGAAUGCGUCGUGGUGAAUCCUGUUAGAGAUGGCAUGAAUCUUGUGCCGUACAAGUACACUGUGUGCAGACAGGGUAGCCCUGCUUUGGACAAGGCAUUGGGGAUCGACGGGAGCUCCGCUCCGAGGAAGAGCAUGAUUAUCGUGUCCGAGUUCAUCGGAUGCUCGCCGUCGCUGAGCGGGGCCACCAGGGUCAACCCGUGGGACAUUGAUUCUGUGGCGGAAGCCAUGAACUCGGCAAUCACCACCUCCGACUCGGAGAAGCUUCUGCGCCACGACAAGCAUUACAAGUACAUAAGCUCUCACGACAUCGAGUACUGGGCUCGGAGCUUCGACCAGGACCUCGAGAGGGCUUGCAGGGAGCAUUACCGGAUGAGGUGCUGGGGAAUCGGGUUCGGUCUGGGCUUCAGGGUCGUCGCCUUAGCACCCAACUUCAGGAAGCUCUCGGUGGAUCACAUCGCCUCUGCAUAUCGGAACACCCACAACCGGUUGAUUUUGCUGGACUAUGAUGGGACCCUGUUGUCGAAAACUUCCAUAGACAAGAGGCCUAGCAGCGACGUGAUUUCGGUGCUAAAUCGCCUGUGCAGAGAUCCGGAAAACGUCGUUUUCAUCGUCAGUGGUAGGGGUAAGGAUUCUCUAGGAGCGUGGUUCUCGCCAUGUGAGAAGUUGGGUAUCGCAGCUGAGCACGGUUACUUCAAAAGGUGGACUGGAGAUUCAGAAUGGGAAAAGUGCGGACCGACGAUGGAUUUCGAAUGGAAGAAGAUAGCCGAACCGGUGAUGGAGCAUUACAUAGAGGCGACAGAUGGCUCUUUCAUAGAGACUAAGGAGAGCGCAUUGGUUUGGCACCAUCAAGAUGCGGAUUCCCAAUUCGGAUCGUUCCAGGCGAAGGAGCUUCUCAAUCACCUGGAGAGCGUGCUCACGAACGAGCCGGUGGUCGUCAAAAGGGGUCAACACAUUGUCGAAGUGAAACCACAGGGCGUAAACAAAGGCACGGUGGUCGAAAAUCUGAUAUCGACCAUGCAGAGUAAAGGGAAGCUGCCCGACUUCUUGCUGUGCAUUGGGGAUGACCGCUCGGAUGAGGAUAUGUUCGAGGCUAUCUCGCGCGCAUUUUCGACCCCCUCCUCGACAUCUACAGCGGAAGUUUUCGCAUGUACCGUCGGGCAGAAGCCGAGCAUGGCCAAGUACUAUCUCGACGACACUAGCGAAGUCAUCAAGUUGCUUCAGGGCAUUGCAGCUGCGACAUCACAACCGAAACUCGGAUGUUUCCGAUCCAUAUUAGAAGAUACUCCAUCAGCUUGACAGCAAAGGAAAGAUUGAGCAGAAGAUGAUGAUACAGGGUAAAGAACUUAGUAGCUGUGAUUAAAUUUAUUUUAGGGAAGGGUGAACAUUUGUUUAGAGAUAGUGGGCAAGCCAAAAAAAAGCCACCCUUGUAAAAAGAAAGGUACAUAGUCUCACAGUUUCAUGUGUUAUAACCACACAAAAGUUUUAUAUAGAAUUUACAAGUGAUUUAUAUUCUUUCAUCA